AUGACACUGUGGAAUGGCUCCUACCCCUUCUACCCCGGUGCCAAUGCCCGUUUCCCCUUUGACACCACCCGGGCUGUCAUCAUCACCAUCUUCCUCUCCAUGUUGGCCACUUUCAUCAUCAUCCUGCCAGGAAUCAGAGGCAGGGGGCGACUCUUCUGGCUCCUGCGGCUGGUGACGGGACUCUUCGUGGGAGCAGUGGUCCUCACCACACAGUUCACCAGGGACUGGGAGACUGGCUGCGUGCAGGCAAACACCUCCUACAAGUCCUUCAGCCGUGCCGUGGUGAAUGUGGACAUUGGGCUGCACAUCGGCCUGGAGGGGGUGAACAUCACACUCAAGGGAAACCCAGUGAAGCAGAUCAAUGAGACCAUCAACUACAAUGAGUACUUUCCCUGGAGCUUCGAUUCAAACUAUGACCGCAGCUACAGUAAGGGGCUGGAGAAGGGGCUGCCCAGCCCCAUCCUCUACGUGGCAGAGAAGUUCACCUCGCAGAGCCCCUGCGCCGUGCACAGGCAGUACCGCAUCUCCGGCCACUACGCCUCGGCCACGCUCUGGUUGGCCUUCUGCACGUGGCUCAUUUCCAUCUUGCUAUUCUCCAUGUCCAUCCUUCUCCAUGGUGGUUACAUGCUUUUGCUCACUGCCGCACUGAUCCUCUUCUCACUGCUCUUCUUCUUCACUGCGAGGAACACCUGCAAGUGCCCCAUCCAGUUUGGCCCAGUUUCCUUGAAAACAGACUAUGGUGAAUCCUUCUGGCUGACAUUAGUGACAGGGCUGCUGUGCCUGCUGCUGGGUUUGGGCAUCAUCAUCCUGAACUCCAUGGAGCCGGAGAAGCUGAAGCUCAUCUUCAACCUCGACAAGAAAAAGGGAGCAGACGAGGUGUGGGACAAGCCCUGCCUGCUGGCCGAGCCCAGCUGCUCCCUGCAGGACGUGUGGAUGGUCCCACCAGCCGAGCUCUCCGAGGUGACAGCCACCCAGCUGUGA